AUGUGGUGCCUCCUCGGGCUGCUCUGCUCCCAGGGAAUUGCCUUUGCAGCAGGUUGCACAACCCCCUCCACUCUGAAUUCAAACAAAAGCCAGUACAGGAAGACUCGCAACCCUGAAUGCUUUAUGAACGUUUUGUGCAUUUUCAGAAUUCCUGCUGGGAGGAACAACCAAAACACAGGGCAAAAGCCUGCAGUCUUCCUACAGCAUGCUUUUCUAGGAGAUGCUACCCACUGGAUUUCUAACCUGCCCAACAACAGCUUGGGCUUCCUCCUCGCGGAUGCUGGCUAUGACGUCUGGAUGGGAAACAGCCGAGGAAACACUUGGUCUUUAAAACACAAGACCCUUAAUCCCAGCCAGAAAGCAUUCUGGCAGUUCAGCUUUGAUGAAAUGGGUAAAUACGAUAUUCCAGCAGAGUUGUACUUCAUCAUGAAUAAAACUGGACAGAAGGAUGUAUACUAUGUUGGUCACUCUGAAGGCACAACAACAGGCUUCAUAGCAUUUUCUACAUACCCUGAGCUGGCUAAACGGGUGAAAAUCUUCUGUGCUCUGGGCCCAGUAGCCACAUGCUCACAUGCUACAAGCCCUCUGAUUAAGAUAACAAGUGUUCCUGAACCACUGCUCAGGUUAGUACUUGGCUGCAAAGGAGCCAUGCACCAAAUCGGAUUUCUGAAAGGACCUGUGACACAGUUAUGUACAAGCCUGGACAAGUUUUGUGGCGAUGUACUCUGUUACAUAGCUGGAGGCAACAUUAAAAAUCUGAACACAAGCCGAAUAGACACAUACGUGGGACAUUCGCCUGCUGGAACAUCAGUACAGAACAUUAUUCAUUGGCAUCAGCUAAUAGAUGCAGACCAAUUUCAAGCUUAUGACUAUGGCUCUAAGGAAAACAUGAAGAAAUACAACCAGUCUGCUCCUCCUGCGUACAACAUAGAGAAGAUAAGCACACCAAUUGCUGUUUGGAGCGGUGGACGUGACAAAUUUGCAGAUCCAAAAGACAUGGCAAAGCUACUUUCUCGGAUUACUAAUCUCGUUUACCAUGAGCAUUUUCCUGCUUGGGGACAUCUUGAUUUCAUCUGGGGCCUUGAUGCAACUGAGAAAAUGUAUCGGAAAAUCAUUGAACUAAUAACAAAAUACUUUUGA